CGGGAUAAGGCGCGGCGCCGGGCAGGGCUCAGCCCCUCCGGGAGCCGCGGGUAGAGCCGAGCCGAGCCCACCCGUGCCAUGCCCCGGGGCGGCGGCUGCCGCUCCUCCUCCCGGCGGCGCAGCGGGGGGUAAGGGGCGCGCACCCCCCCCAACCCCGGCACCGGCCAUGAGCCGACGUGCAGCGGGCAGCGCCUGAGCGCCCGGCCCGGUCCCGCCAUGCGGCCCCCGACGGCUCGGGACCUGCCCCGAGGCGGGCACCUGGCGGCCCUGCUGCUGGCAGCGCUGGCGUGGGUGCCCGGUGGGUCGCCCGCCUGCCCCGCGCUCUGCACCUGCUACGUCUCGCCGCCCACCGUCAGCUGCCAGGCCAACAACUUCUCCUCGGUGCCCGCGGGGCUCCCGCCUGGCGCCCGCCGCCUCUUCCUGCAGAACAACGUCAUCAGGGCGCUGCGGGCGGGCACCUUCGGGCCCAGCACUGUCACCCUCUGGCUCUACUCCAACAACAUCUCCUCCAUCCAGCCGGGCACUUUCCGCCACCUGCCCGCCCUCGAGGAGCUCGACCUGGGUGACAACCCGCACCUCCGUGUCUUGGCACCUGAUACCUUCCAUGGCCUCCGGCGCCUCCAGGCCCUGCACCUCUACCGGUGCCAGCUGGCCAGCCUGCCCAGCGCCAUCUUCCGUGGCCUCCACAGCCUCCAGUACCUCUACCUGCAGGAGAACGGGCUGCUCUACCUCCAGGACGAUCUCUUUGCCGAUUUGGCCAACCUGAGCCAUCUCUUCCUGCACGGCAACCGGCUGCGAGCUCUGUCCGAGGGCGUUUUCCGUGGGCUGCCCAGCCUGGACCGCCUGCUGCUGCACGCCAACCGCCUGGCCACCGUGCACCGCCGCGCCUUCCACGGCCUGGCCCGCCUCACCAUCCUCUACCUGUUCAACAACAGCCUGGUGGCUCUGCCCGGGGACCCGCUGGCUGCGCUGCCCGCCCUGCAGUUCCUCCGCCUCAACGCCAACCCAUGGGCCUGCGACUGCCGUGCGCGCCCGCUCUGGGCCUGGUUUCGCCGCACUCGCGUCUCCAGCUCGCCCGUGCCCUGCGCCAGCCCCCCUCACCGCCGUGGCACCGACCUGCGGCAGCUGCGGCCCCGUGACUUCGAUGGCUGCCCCGAGGAGGACGAGGAGGAGGACGAAGGCAAAGAUGAGGAUGACAGCGACGGGGGUGGUGGUGGCGGCGGGGCGGUGGCCGUGGUGGGCACCCCCGGGCGGGCGCUAGGCCGCCCCGGCACCCUGCCUGCCGCACCGCCUUCCGCCUUCUAUCGCGACGGGCUGCCGCCUCACGACCUGCGGGGCUCCCAGCCCCGGCCACCCCCUCCAUCCCGUGACUCCCGCGGCCCCCCCGGGGACACCCCUGUGGCUGCGGCCCCCCGCCCGGCCCCCACCCUACUGUCCCUGCUGGGCCUGCUCCUACCCCAUCUCUGAGCCCCACCGGGGGGCCUCUGGACCCCUCUCAGGUCCUCCCGAGGUGCUCGGGGACAGGAGGUGUCCCCAGGACUCUGCUCCCACCCGUCCCGAGUGAAAAGAACCCACGCAGGCACCGCGCGGUUGGGAAUUCUUUAUUAAAAAUGGUCUUAUUUUGGGA